AUGUCUCGUCUGACACUUCUCGAUGACGAUCUUGAUCGUUAUCACGACGUUUAUCGGAAUGGCUUCUCGAAGAUCGCGAAGAAAGACAUUGUUUUGAAGGAAGUCGCUCAACAUUUCGACAACAUCGUUUUGAAGAAGAUGACUGACGUAUUCCAAGCAGAAGAUCAAUUUAAUCUUCUAGGUGUCGGUGUUGGUGAAGGUCAUUGUGAGUUUCACUUCUUGAAGCGUCUUGGAUCUCACUUCAGAUCGAUUAAAAAUGUAGCGGUGGAACCUAAUGAAAGCUUAUUCAAAGUAUUUAAAGCCGAAACGCAGUCUUGGAGUUCCGAUACAGAAUCAAAUUGUGAAUCGCAUUACUUCGUUAGCUCUCUCACGCAAUUCUUUGAUGAAAGCCCCCUGGUGGAUCGCAAGUACAACUUAAUUAGCGCCGUGCAUUCGCUCUACUAUACCGGCGACUUAGAAGCGACCUUCAUACGACUGAUGUCAAUGCUUAAAGAUAAUGGAGUUAUGGUCAUUGUCUUAUCAGGACCGAACUUGAUUUAUCGAACACACGACAAUAACCCGUGGUUACCAGCAUUCGACCGCUAUUCUGCCACACCAGAAAGUCUUAAAGUCGUUCAGCUGGCCGAAAGAGAAGGAUACAAAGUGACCGAAUUCGAACUGAAUACCAAGUGGGACGUCACGGCUUUAUUUGACGAGAAAUCGGAGUUGGGAGACAAACUUGCCGACUUCUUGACCAUGACGGCUUAUUUUCGUAAAUCGGCACCGGCAGGAAAGCUUGAAGAAUUCAUGAAGUUUUGGCGAGCGUCCUGCUCAGAAGAUGGAAAUGGACGUCUCCAUACUGAACCCGGGGAGAAGCUUUUUUUCAUCACUAAGUAG